UUUCUCUCCGCAGAUGGAUGAGAAAGAUGAUCAAGCUUUGUAUGACCACCAGAUUUACCAACACGAGAAGCACGGUCUGCGGGUGGAUGGCAUCACCAUGUUCAUCCCCAACGACCGCAGCAAGAAGAGGCUGAUCGAGGACACUCAGGAUUGGCAGCCCCGCACAGGCACCACCCAGUCACGCUCCUUCCGUAUGCUGGCCCAGCUCACAGGCACAGACUACAGUGAAGAGGACGAGAAGCCAGCGGAGAGGGAUGAGAACGUUGACACGUGGGGUCCAGAGGGAGAGAAGGCCAGGAGAGAGAGAAGAGAACGUUUGACACGGGGGCCCAGGGAUAUGGGAACCGAAAGGGUCCAGAGAGGGGAGAGAACGUUUGACACGGGGACCCGAUGGGACAAAGAGAGAUCAGGAGAGGAGUGUGUGUGUGAGCAGCAGCAACUGUUCCUAAGGGAGUGUGUUUUUCUCCCCAGCAUCAAGGCCUCUCUGUCACCUGCUAAGGCUCAGACCCAGACAGCAGACAAACCUGAUGCCUCUAAGACUCCAGUCAAGGCUGGUCCUCUGGUACGUCCUCCGUGGGUGACCGACCCAGGGUUCGCUGACCGUUACGCCCCAGACAAGACCAGUACGGUUCUGACCCAGCACAGACAGCCGGCCCAGCCUACGCCCAUGCAGAACCGCUCCUCUAUCCUACAGGCAGCUCAGCAGGCACCCGAGGACAGCGGAAGGACCCCUCUGUGUGGAGCCUGCAACAAGAUCAUUAGGGGCCGGUACCUGGUGGCGCUGGGUAAGUCCUGGCACCCAGAAGAGUUCCAGUGUUCCCAGUGUAAGGUGUUGUUGGAUGAGGGAGGAUUCUUUGAGGAAAGAGGCUCAGUCUUCUGCUCCAAGUGUUAUGAUAACCGCUACGCUCCCAACUGUGCCAAAUGCAAGAAGAUUAUCAUAGGGGAUAUCAUGCAUGCUCUGAAGAUGACCUACCAUGUGCAGUGUUUCAUGUGUGCUGCCUGUAAGAGCCCCAUCAGGAACCAGGCCUUCUAUAUGGAGGAGGGAGAACCUUACUGUGAGAAAGGUGAGGCUGUUGAGGUUCGAACUUUUCAAAUCAAAACAGAGGGAAAACUGUUGUCAGUGGACUUUAAGAUCGGAUGCUGGGGAACCGCCUUCCUUAGAGCCAUUGGGAUACAGCUGCACGACACCUGCUUCGUCUGCGCUGUAAGUCACUCUCCUGAUUCACCUGGGACCUCUGUCUACCUCACCUCCAUGUACAUCCUUGGACCUGGUCCACCUACGUCCUUCUACCUGUCUCUCCUGGAACCUAG